ACAUUGCCACAUAUAAUCAUCAUAUAUGGAUGUUGUUUCUCCACCUCUAGAUUCUUUCAAGCAUGUGAUUUCCUUAUCUUCUUCUUCUUCUUCUUCUUCUUCAACGUUAUGUUUAUAUGCAAGCAAUCUCAGUAUCAUAGGCCACCUGUUUUCACCAGUUUCUCCAGUCAGCUUUCUUUUUCUUUGAGUAAUGGCAACAGAUAGAAGGAAUUCAAAUACUCAGCUUUUGGAAGAGCUCGAAGAACUCAGCCAAUCUCUUUACCAAACUCACACUUCCAGCGCCCGAAGAACUGCUUCCCUCGUACUUCCUCGAAAUUCAGUCCCUUCUAUAACAUCAGCAGAUGAGGUUACAACGGCCAAAAUUGAUGAAAAAUCAAGCAGCAGGCCUCGGUCCAGGCGCAUGUCAUUGUCGCCUUGGCGUUCUAGGCCAAAACCUGACGAAGAAACCGAGCGCAAAACAACCAAUAUCAAUCAACCAGGAAUUAAGAAGCUGGAUGAUAUAUCUUCUGCAACAGAGAGAAAAGGGAUUUGGAAUUGGAAGCCAAUCCGUGCUAUUUCUCAUAUUGGGAUGCAGAAAUUGAGCUGUUUGUUCUCUGUUGAAGUAGUUGCUGUGCAAGGCCUUCCAGCUUCGAUGAAUGGACUCCGGCUUUCUGUUUGUGUUAGGAAGAAGGAAACAAAAGAUGGUGCAGUUAAUACAAUGCCCUCAAGGGUUUCACAAGGAGCUGGUGACUUUGAAGAGACCUUGUUUAUCAAGUGUCAUGUGUACUGCACUCCUGGCAAUGGGAAGCAGCUUAAAUUUGAGCAGCGUCCAUUUUUUAUUUAUGUGUUUGCAGUUGAUGCUGAAGCGCUUGAUUUUGGGAGAACUUCAGUGGAUUUAAGUGAACUUAUUCAGGAAUCCAUAGAGAAGAGCCAAGAAGGUACUCGAGUGCGGCAGUGGGACACAAGUUUCAGCCUGUCCGGGAAGGCAAAAGGAGGAGAGCUUGUUCUCAAAUUGGGAUUUCAGAUUAUGGAGAAAGAAGGAGGGAUUGAUAUUUAUAGUCAAGCUGAAGUAUCGAAGACUACUAAAUUCAAAAAUUUCUCAUCUUCUUUGGGACGCAAGCAGUCUAAAUCGUCCUUCAGUGUCUCGAGUCCAAGGAUGACAUUACGAUCCGAAACUUGGACUCCUUCACAGACAAAACCAGCUGCGGAUAUACAAGGAAUGGAUGACUUGAAUCUUGAUGAGACAGCUCCAGUUCCCUCACCACCCCCCUCAAUUCAGAAAUCAGAAGAACCAGAACAAAAGAUAGAGGACCUUGAUCUUCCAGAUUUCGAAAUUGUGGAUAAAGGGGUGGAGAUUCAAGACAAAGAAGAUAGUGGCGAUGGAGAAUCUGAAGAAAAUGUGGAAGAAAAAUCACAAUCAAGUGAAGUUGUUAAGGAAAUAGUGCAUAAUCAAGUACACCUGACAAGACUAACCGAACUCGAUUCAAUCGCUGAGCAGAUAAAAGUUCUUGAGUCCAUGAUGGGAGAAGAAAAAACUGCUAAGACAGACGAUGAAACUGAAUCACAAAAAUUAGAUGCGGAUGAAGAAACAGUAACGAAGGAAUUUCUCCAGAUGCUCGAAGAUGAAGAAACUGAUUCAUUCAAAUUCAAUCAACCUGAAAUCCCCACUCUGCAUCUCGAUGGAGGUGAUGAUAGUACAGAAGCUGAAUCCAAGGUAUAUCUCUCAGAACUUGGGAAGGGUUUAGGCUGUGUAGUUCAAACAAGAGAUGGAGGCUACCUAGCAGCUACGAACCCACUAGAUACCAUUGUUUCAAGGAAAGAUACUCCAAAACUAGCAAUGCAGCUGUCGAAGCCACUCGUUCUUCAAUCAGACAAAUCCAUGAACGGGUUUGAAUUGUUUCAGAGAAUGGCAUCCAUUGGUUUUGAGGAACUUUGUUCUCAAAUCUUAUCACUGAUGCCCCUAGAUGAACUGUUAGGGAAAACUGCAGAACAGAUAGCUUUUGAAGGCAUAGCUUCUGCAAUCAUCCAAGGGAGAAACAAAGAAGGCGCUAGUUCAAGUGCUGCUCGUACUAUUGCUGCCGUUAAAACAAUGGCGACGGCGAUGAGUACAGGCAGGAAAGAGAGGAUUUCAACAGGAAUUUGGAACGUAAAUGAAAACCCUUUGACAGCUGAGGAAGUUCUGGCAUUCUCAUUGCAGAAGAUUGAGGUAAUGGCAAUUGAAGCCUUGAAAAUUCAGGCAGAGAUAGCAGAGGAAGAUGCUCCUUUUGAUGUUUCUCCACUCACUGGAAAGGCAAGCACAGACAGCGGGAAAGAUCAAAACCACCCUCUUGCUUCAACCAUUCCAUUAGAAGAUUGGAUAAAGAAGUACGGCUUAGCUUCUCCAGGGGACCAAGCAAACCAUUUCAUCAUGGCUGUGGUUGUCCAGCUACGGGAUCCUAUAAGGCGAUACGAGGCAGUUGGAGGUCCUGUAGUUGCAGUAGUUCAUGCAACACAAGCUGACAUCGAAGAGAACAACUACAACGAGGAAAAGAAAUUCAAAGUAACGAGUUUGCACAUUGGAGGUAUGAAGGGAAAGUCAGGAAGAAAGAGGAAUCUGUGGGAUUCGGAGAGGCAAAGGCUAACGGCAACGCAGUGGCUGGUGGCAUAUGGGCUUGGAAAGGCAGGGAAAAAGGGAAAACAUGUGCUGUCAAAAGGGAAAGAUUUGUUAUGGAGCAUUUCCUCAAGAAUUAUGGCUGAUAUGUGGCUCAAACCUAUGAGAAAUCCUGAUGUGAAGUUUACCAGGUAAGACAAGAAUUGUCCAAGCCUUGAGUGGAUUGGCUCUUGCAAUUCAUCUUAAAAUCACUAUGGGAUGGCAAAUAAGCAGGUAACCUUUUUGCCAAGUAGUAGAUUGAAUAAGAUUGGAUUUGAUUUGAUGCAGUUGUAAUUAAGUACCUUUCCUGCAAUCUCUUCAUCCUGCCUUCAUGGCAUCAUACCAAACUGUGAAUUAGGCUGUAAUAAAUUGCUGGGCUCACUUGAUAAGUUCCAAUUUGAGCUGAAUCAUGGCCUAUUAGCCUUGUGUAAUUAGGCUUCAAGGCCCCUUGCUGUACUUUCUCAGGUCCUUGGGCCAUAAAAUUAACUAUCCAACAAGAAACCAUUGGUGUAGUAGUA